AUGGCAGAGAACGCACGGUGGUGUGACCAGUCAACAGGGGACGAUCACUCUUCCAUGGCAUCUGAUCCCACCUCUGACGUUUUAGAGGCCCGUAGAUGUCAAAGUGGAUUCAGCGAUGCCAGGUCGAUAAAAGUUUGUGUCUACUUUACUGGUAUUUACAGUGUGUUUGACGGCCAUAAAGAAUGUUCACAACUAAACUCCGAGCUCAUCAACAUUAGGUCAGAUGUAGAGGAGGACCUUCUGGAAACGCUAAUGUGUUCUUUAUUUGACGAUGACAAUAAGUCGAAUGCAAACAAAGCAUACAUCCAAGGUCGCUGGAACGGCACUCACUGGGUACUGGAUGACGGCAAGGCAAUGGAACACAGCAUGCAGUGGACAACUAACACAGAUCUCAGUAAACUACAGUACGGCGACCGUCUUAGUUUUUAUCCCAAAGGUCACAAGAUUGCAAUCAACAAUGGGAACUUGGCGAGACCAAUAUUUUGCGCGUACGAUAUAGUUUGA